AUGGCAGAAGAGGUGCUGUCAGACUCGUCUCUUCUGAGCACCAUUUGCCAAGCCAGGCAGCUGGUGGACACGGCAUAUUCACAGGCCCGAAGAAGCUUAAAGAGAAAACUAGAGGAGAAGGUUUCCAAUCCGAUGGAUUUCCUGAAGCACUUAAAGGACCCAGUAGGAAGAACCAGAUCUGCAGCCCGUGCUGCUGAUUACUGGGAAACUACCUUGAAACUCCUCAAAGCGAAGCUGCGUCUCUCUGUGAAACGGAGAUUCAACGUUACAGACAUACUAAACAGAAAACAGAAGGAGUUGAUUUCCAAAGAAACUGGCUGUGACUAUCAGGUUCGUUCCAUUAAAUGCCCAGAGGAUGACACUUACCGGACCAUCACUGGAGAGUGCAACAACAGGAAGCAUUCCCACCUGGGGUCCUCGAACCAGGCGUUCGCUCGCUGGCUGCCAGCAGUGUAUGAGGAUGGAGUGUCUGUCCCCAGAGGAGUCAGUGAAGGAAAGCUCUACAAUGGAUUUCAGCUCCCCCUGGUUCGAAAAGUGUCGAAUGAAAUUGCCUGGACAGCCAACAGGAACAUCACUCAGGACCAGGAGCUCUCUCUUGUCUUCAUGCAGUGGGGCCAGUGGGUGAACCACGACAUAGACCUGGCCCCAGCCAGCGGGGCAGGGGUGAGCCCGGAGCUUCACUGCGAGACCGACUGCGCUUUCCAGCCCCCCUGCUUCCCCAUCGAGUUUCCCCCUGAUGACCCUCGGAUGCUGAGGUCCAACUCCUGCAUGCCCUUCAUCAUGUCAGCAUCGGUCUGCAGCGCAGGGCUGCCGGUGCGGCAGCAGCUCAACGCCGUCAGCUCCUUCAUCGACGCCAGCACCGUCUACGGCAGCGACGACUCCCUGGCAAAGAGUCUUAGAAACCAGACCAACCAGUUGGGCUUGAUGGCUGUGAACCAGAAUUUUACGGAUGCGGGGCUGGAGUUGUUGCCCUUUGAGAACAACACAAAAAGCAUUUGUGUUCUCACCAACGAGAGCAUGAACAUCCCCUGCUUUAAAGCAGGGGACAAGCGGGUAACUGAGAACCUGGGGCUCUCUGCACUGCACACGGUCUUUCUACGAGAACACAACCGCCUGGUUACAGAGCUGAGGAAAUUAAAUCCUCACUGGGAUGGAGAAAAACUUUACCAGGAGAGUCGAAAGAUUCUAAUUGCCAUUAACCAGGUAAUAACGUACAGAGAUUACCUCCCACUUCUGCUGCCAGAGGAGACCAGCAAGUGGAUCCCUUUGUACAGUGGCUACAAGGAGAAUGUGGAUCCCAGAGUCGCAAACGUUUUUUCCCUGGCUUUCCGAUUUGGUCACACGUUGGUGCAGCCCUUUGUAUCCCGUUUAGAUGACAAUUUCCAGCCUUUGGGUUCGUUCUCCCAUGUCCCUCUUCAUUUGACCUUUUGCGCUACAUGGAGGGUUAUAAUGGAAGGUGGCAUCGACCCACUGAUACGGGGCAUGGUGGUUGAUCAUUCCAAAUUGAUGAAGCAGAACCAACUGCUCGUCGAUGAGCUCCAGAACCACCUUUUUGAACAGGUAGAGAUAAUGGGUCUGGAUCUAGCAGCCAUUAAUAUGCAACGGGGAAGAGACCAUGGCAUUCCAGGUUACAAUGCCUGGAGGCACUUUUGUGGGCUCUCCCAGCCUCAAAACCUGGAAGAAUUGUCUGAGGUGCUAGGCAAUUCCAAGCUGGCCAAGAAGUUCAUGGAGUUGUAUGGGACACCAGACAAUAUUGACCUCUGGAUUGGGGCAAUUGCAGAGCCCAUUGUUUCCCAGGGAAGACUUGGACCCCUUCUGGCCUGCAUCAUUGGCACCCAGUUCAGGAAUCUGCGUGAUGGGGACAGAUUCUGGUGGGAGAACCCAGGAGUCUUCACUCUGCAGCAGUUGCAGGCACUGAGAAAAAUCUCACUGUCAAGGGUGCUCUGUGACAACACCCGCAUCAAAAAGAUACCCAGGGAUGUGUUCAAGGUCAACAGUUACCCUGAGAACUUUGUUGACUGCCAUGAGAUCGACACACUUGACCUCUCACCCUGGAAAGAUGAGCCUGAGAGUGGCACAAAAGUUCCUAAUCCUGCUCAUCAGACCAGCCUUGAAAACUCCUAA